AUGUCAAACCCGCCGCAGAAGAAGGCGAUCCGUAACCCCGGCGCCGGAGCCGGCGGGCCGGCGGGGAACACGGUGAAGUUCGCGCGGCGGACGGCGAGCGGGCGGUACGUGAGCCUGUCCCGGGAGGACAUCGACAUGGAGGGCGAGCUGGCGGCGGACUACACCAACUACACGGUGCAGAUCCCGCCCACGCCCGACAACCAGCCGAUGAUGGACCAGGCGUCCGUGGCCAUGAAGGCCGAGGAGCAGUACGUCUCCAACUCGCUCUUCACCGGCGGGUUCAACAGCGUCACGCGCGCCCACCUCAUGGACAAGGUCAUCGAGUCCGAGGUGACGCACCCGCAGAUGGCCGGCUCCAGGGGCUCCCGCUGCGCCAUGCCCGCUUGCGACGGCAAGGUCAUGCGCAACGAGCGCGGCGAGGACAUCGACCCCUGCGAGUGCAGGUUCAAGAUCUGCCGCGACUGCUACCUGGACGCGCAGAAGGACGGCUGCAUCUGCCCGGGGUGCAAGGAGCACUACAAGAUCGGCGAGUACGCCGAGGACGACCCCAACGACGCGUCGUUAGGGAAGCACUACCUGCCGGGGCCCGGCGGCGGCAUGAUGAACAACAGCAAGUCCCUGCUGGCGCGGAACCAGAACGGCGAGUUCGACCACAACCGGUGGCUCUUCGAGAGCUCUGGAACCUACGGCUACGGCAACGCCUUCUGGCCCAAGGGCGGCAUGUACGACGACGACCUGGACGACGAGGGCAGCCCCGGCGGCGGCGGGGGCGGCGACGGCAUGCUCCCCGAGCAGAAGCCGUUCAAGCCGCUGACCCGCAAGAUACCCAUGCCGACGUCCAUCAUCAGCCCCUACCGGAUCUUCAUCGUCAUCCGGAUGUUCGUGCUCCUCUUCUACCUCACGUGGCGCGUCCGCAACCCCAACAUGGAGGCGCUCUGGCUCUGGGGCAUGUCCAUCGUGUGCGAGAUCUGGUUCGCCUUCUCCUGGCUGCUGGACAUGCUCCCCAAGGUGAACCCCGUGAACCGGAGCACGGACCUCGCCGUGCUCAAGGAGAAGUUCGAGACGCCGUCGCCGUCCAACCCGCACGGCCGCUCCGACCUGCCGGGGCUGGACGUGUUCGUGUCCACGGCCGACCCGGAGAAGGAGCCCGUGCUCACCACGGCCACCACCAUCCUGUCCAUCCUGGCCGCGGACUACCCGGUGGAGAAGCUGGCGUGCUACGUGUCUGACGACGGCGGCGCGCUGCUCACCUUCGAGGCCAUGGCGGAGGCGGCCAGCUUCGCCAACAUCUGGGUGCCCUUCUGCAAGAAGCACGACAUCGAGCCCCGCCAGCCGGACAGCUACUUCAGCAUCAAGGGCGACCCGACCAAGGGCAAGCGGCGGUCGGACUUCGUCAAGGACCGGCGCAAGGUGAAGCGGGAGUUCGACGAGUUCAAGGUGCGCAUCAACGGCCUGCCGGACUCCAUCCGCCGGCGCUCCGACGCCUUCAACGCCCGCGAGGACAUGAAGAUGCUCAAGCACCUCCGCGAGACCGGCGCCGACCCGGCCGAGCAGCCCAAGGUGAUGCUGAAGCCUCCUUCUCCCGACCCACUGUACGGGAUGCACGACGACGAGCAGCUGAUCGACUUCAGCGACGUGGACAUCCGUCUCCCGAUGCUGGUGUACAUGUCCCGCGAGAAGCGUCCCGGCUACGACCACAACAAGAAGGCCGGCGCCAUGAACGCCCUGGUGCGCUGCUCCGCCGUGAUGUCCAACGGGCCCUUCAUCCUCAACUUCGACUGCGACCACUACAUCAACAACGCGCAGGCUAUCCGCGAGGCCAUGUGCUUCGUGAUGGACCGCGGCGGCGAGCGCAUCGCCUACAUCCAGUUCCCGCAGCGCUUCGAGGGCAUCGACCCCUCCGACCGCUACGCCAACAACAACACCGUCUUCUUCGACGGCAACAUGCGCGCGCUGGACGGCCUGCAGGGCCCCAUGUACGUCGGCACGGGCUGCAUGUUCCGCCGCUUCGCGCUCUACGGCUUCGACCCGCCGCGCACCACCGAGUACACCGGCUUGCUCUUCAAGAAGAAGAAGGUGACGCUCAGCAAGGUGGCGGACCCGGCGGGCGAGACGGACACGCAGUCGCUCAACCACAAGCAGGGGCAGGGUGGGGCGGUGGACUUCGACGCCGAGCUCACGUCGAUGAUUGUGCCCAGGCGGUUCGGCAACUCGUCGGCGCUGAUGGCGUCCAUCCCCGUGGCCGAGUUCCAGGCGCGGCCGCUGGCGGACCACCCGGCCGUGCAGCACGGGCGUCCCCCCGGGUCGCUGACGGUGCCCCGGCCGCCGCUGGACCCGCCGACCGUGGCGGAGGCCGUGUCCGUCAUCUCCUGCUGGUACGAGGACAAGACGGAGUGGGGGGACCGCGUGGGCUGGAUCUACGGCUCCGUGACGGAGGACGUGGUGAGCGGCUACCGCAUGCACAACCGCGGGUGGCGCUCCGUCUACUGCAUCCCCAAGCGCGACGCGUUCCUGGGCACGGCGCCCAUCAACAUGACGGACCGCCUCCACCAGGUGCUGCGCUGGGCCACCGGCUCCGUGGAGAUCUUCUUCUCCCGGAACAACGCCUUCCUGGCGUCGCGGAGGCUCAUGUUCCUGCAGCGGGUGGCCUACCUCAACGUCGGCAUCUACCCCUUCACCUCCAUCUUCCUGCUGGUCUACUGCUUCAUCCCGGCGCUGUCCCUCUUCUCGGGCUUCUUCAUCGUGCAGACGCUCAACGUCGCCUUCCUCUGCUACCUGCUCACCAUCACCAUCACCCUCAUCGCGCUGGGCAUCCUCGAGGUCAAGUGGUCCGGCAUCGAGCUCGAGGACUGGUGGCGCAACGAGCAGUUCUGGCUCAUCUCCGGAACGAGCGCGCACCUGUACGCCGUGGUGCAGGGGCUGCUCAAGGUCAUGGCCGGCAUCGAGAUCUCCUUCACCCUCACGGCCAAGGCGGCGGCGGAAGACAACGAGGACAUCUACGCCGACCUCUACGUGGUGAAGUGGUCCUCGCUGCUCAUCCCGCCCAUCACCAUCGGCAUGAUCAACCUCAUCGCCAUCGCCUUCGCCUUCGCGCGCACCGUCUACAGCGACAACCCGCGCUGGGGCAAGUUCAUCGGCGGCGGCUUCUUCAGCUUCUGGGUGCUGGCGCACCUCUACCCCUUCGCCAAGGGGCUCAUGGGCCGCCGCGGCAAGACACCCACCAUCGUCUUCGUUUGGUCGGGACUCAUCUCCAUCACCAUCUCCCUGCUCUGGGUCGCCAUCAGCCCGCCGGAGGCCAGCGCCGGCGGCCGCAGCGCUGGCUUCCAGUUCCCUUGA